ACUCGGAUGCUGUAUUGAAUCGCUUAAGAGAAGGAUUAAAACGUCGUUCGACCACGGACACAAAAAACAGAAUUGACCAGACGCUUUUAGAUUAUUUCACAGCAUUUUUGUGUCAUGUCUGGGCACGUUAAGGAUAAAGAAGCGUACCUUAGACUGAAUUAUCUCUACCAGGCUGCUCAUUGUGUUUUGAACCAAACCCCGAAUAACGUGGAGCUGGCCCGUUUCUACUGCUUUACUCAGCGGACUAUAGCAAGACGUCUCGUUCUGCGACAAGAUCCAUCCGUGAAAAGAACAAUAUGCAAGAAGUGUUAUACCCUACUCGUCCCAGGUUUGACAGCAACAGCCAGACAACGGAAAAGGGGCAAGAAGAGGCGCAUCACAGUUCUACGCUGUCUCAGCUGUAAGCAGAGCAAGUCCCUAUUGAACAAUCCGGAUUAUUGUUUAUGGCAGGACCGACCGGAAUCUCAGGCUCAACAAAAACAGCCAGAUCAAAAUGCACCUGUUCAAAGUCAGCCCAAAAAGAGCAAAACUGCUCGGCCCGAUUCUUCCAACCCCAGCACAAGUACAGCCACUGUUGAGCAAACACCUCCAUGAUGGAGUGUAAUACAAGUUUACAAACCUUUUGUUAUACCACAACUGAAAAAUCAACGUCAUUUUAUUUAUUGAAAUCCGCUUCAUGGUAACUUGAACAGGUUAUCGCCGUUGUUAUUUUUAAUAUCCCUCAUCAUCCUUGGAGAAACGUGCAUAAAAUGUUAUCAAUUUUUAAUUUUUUUU